AUGAAGAAAUCAGCAAGCAGAUCCUCUGAUGCCAACCUCAGUUCCUUCAGGUUAAGCUUCUUGCCAAGCGCCGAUGAGCUUGUCUCAGUCUCUUCACAGGUAAUGACAAUGACAGGGAAGUUGUGGAUUAGCGUGGGGGUGUGGUUGAGUGCAGCCGCCAUCAGGAUGUUAUGGGUUGGUGUGGGGGCGUGGUUGAGUGCGGCCGCCAUCAGGGUUGGUGUGGGGGCGUGGUUGAGUGCAGCUGCCAUCAGAAUUGGUGUGGGGGCGUGGUUGAGUGCAGUCGCCAUCAACGAGGUCGACGACAUCAGCAACGCUGAUGGUGGCAGAAAUUCAAACUCCGAUUCAAACUCCGCUGAAUCAGUUGGAGAUUGGACAACUGAUAAGAUAAUACCCCUCCCCACUGUGAUCAUGCCUCGUGUAGCCCUACGUGAAGACCUCCUCAAUUCUAUUGAUAAAGCUACUUUAUCAUUAGCCAAUUUGCAAUACCAGAAUGCACUCCUAGACGACUGGUCUGACUCCGAGUCUGAUAUGGACUGGGACACAGAUUCAGACUCGGAUGAUGAUGAAGAUAGUAUCAACAUGCCUUUUAGCUCGAUGUCCCCCCCAUCCCCACUGUCCCCACUGUCACCUUUUGCCAGCACUGCGACUUCUUAUUCUUCCUCCGAGUCUAGUGAUGAAUCCAGUGCUGAUGUUGCUGCACAUUACAAUAGGCUCCAAGACACCAUCACUGCACUUCGUGAUGAAGUCGAAAGGGCACGGUGUAGGGAUUCAUUUCUGGCUAGGCUUGGAGAGACUGUCUUUACCUUACCUUAUGUUGGCACUUUGUAG